UCUGCCAGGUGUCUCGGUGGUAACUCGGCGUCUACAGGAGUGAGGGGGUAACUCCCGUAGCCCCACGGUCGCUUCCACGUGCCUCGUUUUGGUAAAGUGUCCUGGUCUUUUACACCUCCAGACCCUCGGUACGCCACCUCCGCCCCGUCAAUCCCGGGGGUGGGGGGGGGGGUUGCUGGGCUGCCCCGACACAGAGAAGAGGCGUGUGCCGUCGCUGACCGGCGCGGAGACGAGGUGCCGAGGGGAGGGUCAGCUGGCCGGGACUCGCCCCGGGGGAACAUGUCGCUGGCGCAGCGGGUGCUGCUGACCUGGCUCUUCACCCUGCUCUUCCUCAUCAUCCUGGUGCUGAAGCUGGACGAGACGCUGGCCUGGAGCUGGUUCCUGGUCUUCAUCCCGCUCUGGAUCUUUGAUGCCGUCCUCCUGGUCAUGCUGGCCGUCAGGCUGGCAGGCCGCUGCAAGGCUGGCUACGACCGGCACAGCGGGCACGUGCGGCGCAAGGUGUGGUACCUGUGCGCCACCCUGCUCAAGCUGGCCUUCCUGCUGGCACUCUGCGCCCGCCUGGAGCGACUGGCCGCCCUGCGGCUCUCCUGGAUCCUCGCCCCUCUCUGGGUCUUGCUCUGCGGCGUGGUCGGUGACCUGGGCUACAGCACCUUUGCGGUCAGGGCGUGAGGGCCGGAUUGCUGCGCGGACCCAGCCUUCGGUGUAACCCUGAUGCGAUAAUCCUCGGAUCUCUACCCUUGAGGGAAGGAAACCCGAAUGAGUUUGCGAAGAUUUGCGUGGCCUUCCAAUCCGCUGUGGGCCAGCUUUAUUCCUCAAGAUGUGUGAUUUGGGGUUUGGGCUGGGUGGGGCGCAGUGAGCUGCCCAGUUCACACUCGCUUGGGCUGGCCGUUUUUAUUUCCCUGUAACUGAGAGAGAUAUUAAAGAUCUUCUGUCUGAA